UUGCCUGGUUUUGAAUCAGACGCACGCGCUCUUUCGUACCGCUUGCCUCGUUUGAAAUCGCGUGGAAAAGACUUGCCCGAAUGACCAGACAGUUUCAACAUUUACUUCGGUUUUUGCGUUUACCCAGUGACUAUCGUAUUUCGUUUUGUGGCCGGAUUGACUCUGGGGGUAAAAAUUAGCCUCUCUUUAAGUUACGCCCAUGUUUUUUUUUAUAUUUAUUUAUAACCACUGGAUAUUUAUAUUUGUAACACGCGUGCAUACGAGUGCGUGAAACGAACGUUUAUUCUGGAGUUACGAACGAGACGAGGAAGAUUCAACGAUCCGAUUAUUAUUUUAUUUUUUUUUUCAAUUUCCAAGUGAAUAAUUCGUUGAUUUAUUGUUUAUGAAGUUGUAAUUUCGUUUGAUAUUGAAUAUUGACGAGUGCGAAGGGAGAAAAAAAUUGACUUUUGCUGGAGAAUUCAUAUCGACUGGGAAUUUUAUUUCAGUUAUAUUUUUUAUUAUUAUUUUUUUUUGUGAGUGAUAUGGCGCAGCUGAUAAGCGUCAAGCUAUCGAGAUUCGAUGGCUCCCCAUGGGGAUUUCGUUUGCAGGGUGGAAAGGACUUUGGCACACCAUUAAUUGUGCAAAAGGUGAACAAUGGAUCACCAGCAGAGGCGGCAGGUCUGCGAGCUGGUGAUGCAGUGAUCAAAGUUAAUAACACGGAAAUGUUCAGUCUGAGGCACAAGGAUGCCCAGGAUGUGAUUGUCAGAGCUGGCAACAGCUUCGAAGUGACUGUCCAAAGGGGUGGAAGCACCUGGAGACCAAGUGUUUCACCAGUUACACCUUCGAUCCCCUCACCGCAGCCCCACGCACCCAUCGGCAAUAUUUCUCCAGUGACAAAAACAUCACUUGCUGCUAAAAAACAAGAGGGGCCCCUCAUCGGUAGUGGACACAAUUUCAGUCCAAAGCCCUUCUUGAAUGGAAGCAGUGAGUCUGGACCCAUAAAGUCAAUAGUAAACAAGCAGUAUAACAGCCCAGUUGGCAUUUACAGCGAGCAGACAAUAGCUGAGACCCUCUCAGCACAAGCUGAAGUGCUGGCAGGUGGUGUUCUUGGUGUGAAUUUCAAGAAAAAUGAGAAAAAUUACAACGCCCAGAACAGCGAAGUGUUUAAAAUGGUGCAGGAGGCGGACAAGGAGCCAAGGAGCCCAGAGCCUGCUGAGCCAGUGCAAACUAGUGGUGUGGUGACGCCAUCCUCACCAGCUUUGGCUGGAUUGAGGUCGGUGGCCGCCCCAGAGACCAAACCCCAGCCAACGACACCACAGACUAGCCUCCCACCAGGUCAAAAUAUUUGCGCCGAGUGUGAGAGACUCAUCGUAUUCAGUGGGAAUUACCCAUUUUUUUGGGGUAUCAAGGCCAAUGGAUUGAUUAUUAAAGAUCCGAUUCCUUGCCGCACCGAGUUUUACUCAUCAGUGAGCAAGGCUAUUGGUGGUCAUGCAACAUCACCACGAUCACCAACACCCAUUGGUCGUGCUAUGGGAUACAUUCAUCCAGCUCUAUCACUUCGUGAUGAUGGCCAAUCAGGUGACGAGCAUCUUCGUCUUGGGCAGUCAUCGCGAGCUUCGUCAACGUCAGAACGUGACAAACGUGACACAUACGAGACGACUUUUUGCCACGGCUGUGACUCCCCAAUCGUUGGAGUCUUUGUGAGGAUCAAGGAGAAGAAUCUUCACGUUGAGUGCUUCAAGUGUUCAACGUGUGGUACUUCAUUGAAGAAUGUGGGGUACUACAACAUCAAUAAUAAGUUGUACUGUGACAUACAUGCGAAACUCGUUGCUAGACAGCAAGCACCAGCUGGAUAUGUACCAAUUACGGUUCCACCAGGUGGAAAGGCGCCAGCAGGUACUAUCUCAGCGGCCCUAGGAAAUCUGACAGCAUCCCCAAAGUCUCCACCACCGAACAACGGCACCCCAAUGCCACCAGCAUUCUCGAGUAUUCGCCGUGGGAAUUCUGGACUGUGUACCCCAUCAUCGAGAGGUCUGAUGGAGUUGACAACGACGAAUGGACACGAAAAUGACUGGACGGAGAGAGAUAUUUUUGACGAGAAGACCUUCACAAGCACGAUAACAAUCAGAACAGGAAGCGAGGUUGGCAGCAAAGACGAGUUGCCCAAUAAUCCAAACGAAAGAGACCCGAAAAUAUCGAGACUAAUUCCAGAAUUUCAAAUCGAUGACAACAAAUUACCACCCCUCGUUUUCAACCCAGUAAUUACCAACGAAAAUAUUGAAAAUUCCGCCGUCGGUACUUACGCUAUUCCCAGAUAUCCAGUAACAAAUCAUCGUCAAAAAUCCCCAGCAUUUGUCUCCCAUCCCCCCAAAAUGAUUAAUCACAACAAUAAAAAUACAACGAACAAGUGGGAGAAUAUUGGCAGAGACAAGACAGACGCGAAGACCGAGGACAUCAAGGACUACAGUACAGAUUUGAAUAAUCACAAAUUGAAAUUCAGCCAAGUUAUCUCGGCAAUGAUGAAUGGCGAGGACAGUAACAACAGGACAAUGUCAAAGUACACAAAUAACGACACGAGACUUAAGAAUGAGAUCAAUCACUCAUUUCCGAAUAACUUCCACACAUCGUCGAGUUCUCUAGCUACUUUCCUACUAGCUAAUCGUUCUACACACCCUGAAACCCUGCCAGCAUCACCAACAACGACCCCGGACUCGUCAUCCUCGUCGAUAUCUUCGUCCCCAACACCACCAAUCACCACAAGGACCAAUCACUUUGGCAUUCCGCCCAUCGAUACACCCAGUUACCAUCCAGUACAGACACCGUCGAGCAAUCUUGGAGGACCCAAGCCCUUCGGUGGAUCCAGGGUAGCUCCAUCAAACAUAUCAUCACCCCCCGUAUCCAACAGCUUUAAUCGGCCUCAGAGUCAGACAGUAACUGAAUCAUACUCUGAGUGUAAUUACUACGAGGAGGUGAUAGAGGAGCCGCGUUCGCGUCAGGAAGAACACUCAAGGCCGCCUUCUUCGGUGAAGGGCAAAUCAUUAAAUUGGCCACCAGUAAAAUCCCUGGAGGACACGACUUAUCCAACAGCGAGUCCCAUUUGGAUUGAUCCGAAUCCAGUGCUGCAUCGUCAGCCUCGUCACAACGUCCGAGAAAAACGUGUUUGCCUUCAGGAGUCGAGCAGAAGCCAGAGUCGUAACGAGGAUAUCGAGUACGAGAGGGAAUCUGUCUGCUGGGGUGAGGAUAAUAUGGACAAGGCAAACUGCAAUGCCCCUUUUUACCGAAAAACCGAGACGUGUAUGGAGACACGCCGGGAAUGUCGUGCAACGAGUCUACCCCGUCCUGAAUCCACCCAGGAAUCAAGAAGAUCGUUAACACCAACGAGAAUCAAUCAACCAACACCCAAACCCUGGACUUCAUCAGUAACAACAGGCGCAUAUUCUCACGUGGAAGCACCUCAAGUGCCCGAUCCACCGAUUUGCAAGAUUUGCACUUGUCGAAUCGUCUGCGAGAGAACAACCGGUCCAUCUGGCCCUGAGCAUGAACAAGAGCAUCAUUAUCACGAGGUAAUUUGUGAUCUCUGCAAACCACCGCCACCUGAACCUGAACCUCAGCCCGAGCCACAACCGAUUUGUCUGUACGAGCAGGAACCUGAAGAGGAGAUUGUCGAUACCGACAACGAAACCAUGGAUUUAUCGAAAUUAGUUCCCGAGGAUGUGGCUAUUUGUCCGAAGGGUGUUGAAAGCCAGCACAAUAUGUACACAGAAACCAUGGAGAAGGAUGAGGGAAAUCUCCACAUAAAGAAGACAACGAUUUAUGAAAAGACCGUUGAAAUUGUUACUCCAGAGCGUGGAAUGUCUCCAGCACCAUCCGAAGCUGGAAGACAAUCGACAACGUCAAUGGAUCGUGAGGUAGCUGGAUUCUCAGGUAGACAGGAGUGCGUCGAGGCAGCGAGUGUUAUAUCAUCAGCGAUCGACACAAAUCGCCAACUAGAUCAACUUCGAGAGCAGGAAGAAGAACGACAACGGAUUUACGAGGAGGAAUGCAGACGAGAGGAGGAGAGAAUACGACGAGAGGAGGACGAAGUGAGACGUCGUGAGGAGAAUCGUUUGAGAAUUCUGCGAGAGGAGAAAGAGGCGAAAGCCCAGAGGAUAGAGGAAUCGAGAAAGCAGACGGAGAGGUGCUGUCGUCUCGAGGAAGAGGAGCGUAGAGCACCAGUUCAAUCCUGGCAAGAGCAGCAAUACGUCGCUCGAGAGGAGAGAAACGAUGCAGAGCACAGUACAACGUCUCAGCAGUGCUACAGAUCUGUCAAGAAACAGGUUCAGGUCGAGGAGAAUUACAACGAGAUUGAAGAGCAACAACGCCAGUGUCUGCGGGAGCAAGUGCAAGUUCACAAGUCCCUUCGUCAGCAGCAACAAACACCUGAGCGUCAGCCCUCGCUGCAGGAGCGUCGGCUUCAGAAGCGAUUCCGACCUCAAUCUGCGGAAGAGCAGCAACAGUUUGCGUCAGUACAAGAGCCUGUCUGUCAACGGAAGCACGUGCAAUUUCUGACUGAUGGUGAUUCAGGUGUUGGUCCUCUGGCUGAAUCGAUGGUGAAGAACUCAACACCAAAAGAAUACAAAACCCCCAUGUGCGAGGCUUUGACGACAGCACCAGCGAGGCCUUUCUCACCAUUUCAUCCUGGUGUGGGUAAAUCAGAAGAGCUGAAGCAUUACUCCACGGAGAUACGGUAUGAGGAGAUUUCUCAUCAAGUCCCACAGCAGCAGCCGUACAAAGGCCCAUACGAAAGACCAGUUUCACCGUUUACUGAAGCUUUGGUUAUCGCCCCGGAUCGUCCUUAUACACCAUUGGGGGAAGAUGUCAAAGGAGCUGUUGACAUUGACAAGCCAAGUGUUGCUCGUCCUUAUACACCGAUAAAUCAACAACAAGACGGAUACUGUCAUCCCGCUGAGAUUCUCUACACGGAUUCUGUGACUCGUCAAUCGAGAACCAGAGAGCGAACUCUGCGGAAGGUCGAGGGGCCCAGGCCCUUGCCCACUCCGCCACCAGACUACAGAUUGAGGGAUUCCUCGAUAUCACCAGGUAGAUCUAUGUCACGAUCGACAACACCAGCUGAUUGUAAAAUCAGGCCCGGGGGACUGAAGAAACCUGAUACCAUUCCGUUUUAUCAGAAACAUUUGGUAGCCGUUGAGCAGGAGGCAGUUGCCAGUUCUCCGUAUGUACCAAGCAGAUCGCCAACACCGCACAGAAAAUCACCAGCUCCUGGACCACCUGAUCCUCCAGCUUACUACACCAAAUGUCAUCCUCAGGCACCGAGAAUCAGGGACGAGGAAUCUUGUCAGAUGAAAAAUCAGCCUUCAUACACAGGCCCUUAUGAAAAAGUGUCGUAUCACAUGGAGGAAGACACACCUCAGUGUCACAGAUCUUCGGAUUUCGUGGGGACUCGUUCGUCUUAUCAGCAGUAUCAGUGUCAAAAGGAGGAGAAGCGGUACGAGGAGAAGAGCGAGAGAUCGUGUCAGGAGAAGUCAAUCGAGGAGAGAAAAUCGUACCAGGAAGUCUCUGGAGAUGAGGGAGAUACCUGUGGGAUCUCGAAUAUAUCCAGGACUCAACCAUCGCUCCCCUGUCCAAUAAGUCACUCUGCGAUAUCCGAUCGCAUCCAGAGAACCGGCGUUAAGGUUCUCCCGACGCCUCAAAUCUCAGAGAGAAUCUGCCAGCAACAGCGCAGCACAAGUUCGUACAGCUCCGAAAAGGAAAGCACUUGCGCCAACACUGGAGUCACUGUUCUCCCUUGUCGAGCGUUCACUGGAACAGGAACUAGUAGAGCUGGAGUGGUAAUUGUUCCCUGCGAGGGUUCAGAGACCUCUGAGACGUGCCCACGAGCUGGUAUUUGUGUGACUCCAACACCAGACAGAUCAGGCCUCUGUGUCUCUCCAGCAUUGCAUGGAAAAUCAGCUGCCAAGUGCGGCUCAGGUGAUAAGGGAGUUCGAUCUGGUGGAUGUGAGAUUGACAUCGGUAAUUGUCCAGCGUCUGGUGUUCGCGUUGGCACCUGCACCGAUGGAUCUGUCUGCAUUGCUCCUUGCAAAGUACCAGGAGUCUCCUCUGUCACCUGUCCAAAGCCUAUACAAAAGCCCAAAUGUCCGCUGUCAAAACCCAUUCCCUUUCCCCACAUCCCUCUCCCUGAUGAAAAGGAGGUCAAACCCUGCGACGUUUGUCCCCUCAAAACGCAAGACAAGAGCUUCAAACCGAUAACAAAGCAACAACCUAAAACAACUCUCAGCCAGCAGCUUACUUGCAUGACAGUUAAACGUGAUAAACAAGUUGUUCAGUUAUUCAAAUCCCAAGCAGAGGCAUUGGAGCAGUGUAACGAUGGCAUUCACUGUGGUGAAACGAAACAGAAUAAUUGUUCUGAUGGUAUUCACUGUGAACCCCGGAGGAACAACUGCUCCGAUGGCAAACACUGCGAGCCCGAGGUGUUGCGAAACUCUCAGCCUACCCUGAAGCGCGCACCCUAUGCCCCACAACCAUUUAGUAAAACCCAGAAUUUAGUAGAGCCACCGAAUUUGUCGUGCCAACCGGAUUUAGGUAGCGGAAUCGGUGGAGUUGGGCCACAAGGUCGAAAAUUCGCUGGAAGCUCAGCGCCUAAACGUGGACGGGGAAUUUUGAAUCAGGCAUCCACUGGAAGACAACCUGUCUGCGCACAUUGUCAGGCUUACGUCAGGGGUCCCUUCAUCACCGCCCUUGGACAAAUCUGGUGUCCCGAACACUUUGUCUGCGUAAAUUCGCAGUGUCGUCGUCAUCUCCAGGACAUCGGCUUCGUCGAGGAAAAGGGCCAGCUCUACUGCGAGUAUUGCUUCGAAAGUUUUAUCGCGCCCUCGUGCAACAAGUGCAACAACAAAAUCAAGGGUGAUUGUCUCAAUGCAAUUGGCAAACACUAUCAUCCCGAGUGCUUCAAUUGCACAUACUGUGGAAAAUUAUUUGGCAACAGUCCGUUUUUCCUUGAGGAGGGACUGCCGUACUGCGAGGCCGAUUGGAACGAAUUGUUCACGACCAAAUGCUACGCCUGCGGAUUUCCGGUUGAGGCUGGAGAUCGAUGGGUUGAGGCGUUGAAUAAUAAUUAUCACAGCCAGUGUUUCAAUUGCACGAUGUGCAAAAAGAACCUCGAGGGCCAGAGCUUCUACGCCAAAGGUGGUCGUCCCUUCUGCAAAAAUCACGCACGCUAGAGCGAACGAAAUCCCCGCCUCAACUAUCCAGCCUGAAUAUUUAAAAAAUUGAAAAAAAAGAACGAAAGUGCUGACAAAAAAUAUGAGAAACGAUACGUGAGAAUAUAAUUAAUAACAAGGAUAACAGAGCGCUAUUUAAACAUUUUUUUCUUCAAAACCGAUGUGAAUUUUCACUAACCCAAAUACGCGAUAAGUUCUCGUUGAAUUACAAUUAAAUAUUGUUGAAUUCAAAUUAUUUGUUGGCUUUAAUGACGAAGAAUGUAAUUGAAUCCUCAAUAAUGCCACGGUUGAUAACCGAAAAGUGGAAUGAAUAAUUAAUUGUGAAUUUUAAUGAUUAUGGGGGCACGAUUCGUGUUGUUUUACUCCAAUAAUUUAUCCACGUGAAAUCAUUUCAAGGGAUCAACACGCAAAGGUCAUUGCAGCAAUUGCACAUUAAAAUUAGACGUUUAAAAGUAUUUCGAGUUGUCAUUUAAUUGGGGAUGAAAACUCUGAAGUUGAUUUUGUGGUAAAGAGAAAUUAAAAGUCUAAUUGAGAUAAUUGUCGUAUUAUUUGUGGAUGCAGAUGACAAUGAAACGAUUAAGCCAAAGGGUCAAGGAGGAAUGCAGGAGUUUUAAACAGUAAUUAUCCUUCAACUGCAGUUGAUUACUUGGCAUUAUCUCGUUUUGGCUCAUAAUCACGUGCCAGUGACUCGUAAUCACUUGAAUCACGAUGGAUUCAUAUAGAUUUCUAAUGCUAUCACAAUCGGAGGCCAACAGAAAAUAGAUGUACAUUAAUUUCCAGUGGCAAAUGCUAUUUGCAAGCGAAAUUGAAUGAAAGAGUCUUCGGAUGUGAGAAAUCGAAGCAUGUGAUAUUGUUUCCUGUUAAUCUCCAACAUCGAAUCGGAAUAACGACUUUUUCAUUCAGCGAGAUGUAUAAAGGUGGAAAAACAGAUAUUUGUAGACGUGUAAUUUGUUGCUUGAAAUAAAUCAGAUAGUCACUAAACUA